AUGCUGCAAGUGGGGCGCGUAGAGUCUGACGUGAAGACGCUUUUUGGUCUGUACAGACCUUGUCAUGCCGACGCUGCCCUAAUUUUGGGCGCUCAUGACAAAGGCAUCGUGCGAUUGGCAGUUGUUCUACCUUCAUCCACACCUAUGACGUCUGUUGCAUUCCCUGCUGACUUCGUUCUUGUCGAUCAGGAUGGCUAUACUUAUUCGGCUUCCCUCUUGAACUCUGGCCAGACGAAGGUGUUUAUGAUACGGCCGGUCGGAGUGAUUGGAGCGAUCGUACAUGGCAUAGAAGACGUGAAGAUAUAUUUCUUGAUAUUUUUUUGGAUGAGUAGUGGUCUGUUCUUUUAUAUGACUUGUAUUACCUUAAACCUCUGAACCCGUGAGGAUGGGGUAGCACUGAUGUAGGAAACGGAGCUCAGCAUCUGAGUUGAUGAGUUGUUGGAGGUGGAAAGUUCA